ACUUACUUCUAUAAUUACGUGCAAGUUAAGACGUUUCUAGUGCUAGUUUGCUUAUUACUAUGUCUAUUAGAGUGCUAAGCCCUGAAUUAGCUGAGAAAGCUAUAAAUGAAUUGAAUGAAGAUCCCAAGAGGACGCCGAGUGACAUCCAACACAUUAAGGAAUGGUUAUCGAAGCAGCCCCAUUUAAGAGCAAGGACAGACGACCAGUGGCUGUUACAAUUCUUACGUGGAUGCAAGUUCAGUUUGGAGAGAACUAAGGAAAAGAUUGAUUUAUACUACUCAAUGCGGACUUUGAUUCCUGAAUUUUUCAGUAUUCGCCCGACAGAUCAGAUUUUUAAAGAUAUAGUUGAACUUGGGACGUAUUUAAUUCUACCCAAGUCUAAAGCUUUUGAUGGAACUCGAGUAACAAUCGUUCGACCUGGGUCCUACGAUGCUAAUAAAUAUAAUAUAAUCGAGGUCUUGGCAGUGUCCGGUAUUCUAGAAAGGAUAUCAUUAGCCGAAGAUGACGAUGCUGUAAUUUAUGGAAGACGUACUAUACUCGACUUGAAGGGCGUAACCAUGGGACAUUUCACCCAAAUGACGCCUGUUACUAUGAAGAAAAUGGUGGCAAUUGGACAGGAUGCUACCCCACUCAGAUUUAAAGGUGCACAUUAUAUAAAUGUACCAGGUGGUUUUGAUGUGUUAUUCAAUGCCAUGAGGAGCUUACUAAAUGAGAAGAAUAAAAGCAGGCUCUAUAUUCACAAUGAAAAUUAUGAAGAAAUGUACAAAUAUAUUCCUAAAGAUAUUUUACCAGCAGAAUACGGCGGCACAGCUGGUACUAUUAGUGACAUUUCAGGAUAUUGGAUGAAGAAGGUGGAGGAAUAUAGUUCAUGGCUGGAAGAAGAUACGAAGUAUGGAACAGAUGAAGCCAAGAGGCCGGGAAAACCUAAUUCAGCUGCAGACAUGUUUGGAGUUGAUGGAUCUUUCAGAAAGUUAGACUUUGAUUUAAAUCGAAGAUUUCUAAAUCAUUCGUUAACUGAUACGUGUACGAGCAGUGUCGAUUGUUUCAAUAUGAAUAUACGUCCUCUGUCUCCUGAAUUGGCAGAAAAAGCUCGCAUAGAGCUCAAUGAAGACCCGAAGAGAAUACAAAGUGACAUAGAACACAUUAAGGAAUGGAUCUCAAAGCAACCCCAUUUACGUGCAAGAACAGAUGACCAAUGGCUUUUAACAUUUUUACGGGGUUGUAAAUUUAGUUUAGAAAGAACUAAAGAGAAGAUAGAUCUUUAUUACUCUUUUCGGACGUUGGCGCCGGAGUUGUUUUUGCAAAGAAAACACACUGAUCCUGUAUUUCAAGAAAUUCUCGCUUCAGGAUCUUGCCUUGUUCUACCGAAGAAAGCUUCACCGGUUGCUCAAAGUGUCCUAAUUGGCAGACCUGGAGUUCUGGAUACUGAUAAAUACAAAGUCACAGACUAUAUGGCUGUAACUAAUGUGAUACAGAAGAUUAUGUUGCUAGAAGACGACAAUACAGUAGUAGCGGGCGCACGAUUUGUAAUGGACUUUGAAAAUGUUAACAUGGCAUUCUUCUUUCAAAUGACUCCAACGUUAAUGAAGAAAAUGUCCGUCUACUCCCAGGAAGCGGUCCCACUGCGGUUUAAAGGGGGGCAUUAUAUUAACGUGGGAAGUGGCUUUGAGACAAUUUAUAAUAUGAUGAAGAGAUUCUUGAACGAAAAAACUAAGAGCAGGUUGCACGUUCAUAAUAAAAACUAUGAAGACAUGUAUCAACAUAUACCAAAGGAAAUUUUGCCUGUGGAAUACGGUGGGAACGGUGGUACCAUCAGUGAAAUAGUUGAAUACUGGCAGAAAAAGAUAGCCGAAUACAGCGAUUGGUUGGAGGAAGACUUGCAGUUUGGUACUGACGAAUCCAAACGUCCUGGAAAACCGAAAUCAGCAGAGGAAAUGUUUGGCCUCGAUGGCUCGUUCAGGCAGUUGGAGUUUGACUAAAGAACAAUUACCCUUUGUAUAUACUCAACGUACCAAAUUACAACGUACUUAAGUACUACGGUUCACAGUAUUAAUAAAGAAUUGAAAACA